AUGGUAGCCACCACCACCACCACCACCACGCCUGCACCAAAACUCGGCAAAGUAUGCCAGCAUGAUGAUCUCUACAACAUCGUGGAUAGUGCCCGAGCCAGUAGUGCAGUCGGAGAGAGAUCAUCGACGCGAAUUAAGAAGCCAACCCUCACUGAAAGCCAGCAUGCUUCCACUCCAUCUGCAGACCGCCAUGGCGAAAGCUCGAUCCGUGGCCCCAUCUCAGACGAAGUAGUGGAUAAUCUUGUCUUCAAGACGGCAGUCAUCUACCCUCUUAAUGCACGCCAGACAGCUCUUCCUGAAUACUUCACUAGGAAAGGCAAACUUCUUCGGCGCUGGACAGAGAAGUACGGAGUUGAGGUUACGAGGCUACAGGACGAGGCCACUGCCCAGCGGAAAGCAGCACCUCUCAAUCGAAGGAAGAAGACCGCGGUGCAAGCCGAGGACAACGAUGAUGUUCAUGGAUCUCGAGCUGAAUUCCAGGAGCCACAUUGGCCUGGGUUGGAAACACAAGAUAAUCCGCAGGGUUGUCUGCUGUGCGAGUCGGGAACGAGGGAUUCGAGAGGAUCAGUCUGCCACUCCUGCCGCUUUGCUGAGGAUGGCGAUAUGGUUCGGCCUAAGAAAAGACAGAAGACUUUCGCCCAGGCAGCCCGUUCAGACAUUGGAGACAAGACUCGAAAGUCACAAAUACCCCCGAGGACAUCUGGUAAUACAUUCGGUCAACCUGUUAGGACUAUCCUGCCGAGCGAUCGAGCUUGGUCAAACCGGCCCGCCCCGUUUCAAGAGCCAAUAUCAGCUAUUCAGAGGUCUGAUCCUGCCGAAGAUAUAGCCUUCCCUUAUCAGGGUCUCAAAUCCCCGACUAUCUCUGUCAUAACCUGUGAAGGGCGUGACAAAGAAGUGUCUCAUGGGUUGGAAAUGCCGGAAGUUGGAUCAGUUGCGAAGGGACUUACCCGAGAAGAGAGUAUCGCAGCCGGCGUUGAAGACUAUGACCCUCUGAAAAUGGCCAAGGUGAACCCGCUAUUGCAGAGCAGAGUCCGGCGGUCGCCGUCUAGCUUCCAGUCCAGCCUGACGUCGGGUUCCAGCGACGUGGUCCGUCUACCCGAUGAUCCCUCUCCCGAAUCCGAACCUGCCCAAGAGAAUCUGUCUGUCGAUAUAGGCCAGGCCCCCGACAGCAACGUACCUGCGAAUGCGUCAAAGAGCCAUAGCGAAGCAAUCCCUCGCGACGCAGAGCCAAGAUUUGGCAGAGAGUGGCUCGAUGAUGACGAGAUCGGCGAGAUGCUAGAUAAACUUUCUAAUUACUUGAUGCAAUAUACGGCAGCGGCAUGCGCACAUCCCUGGCCGCCACACGGCCGAAUGUCGUUCCUAGAUAUCCCUUGUAUCCAGGACGAAGGCUUUGCGGGACAUGCUCCCCUCCUGGAUGCUUUGCGUAGCGUCCUGGAUGUCCCAGCUGGAGUCUCGGUCAAGGAGAAGAUCGAGAGCAUGAAGCUUGCGCCCGAAAAGUCCAUGUGGAUCAGAAGCAUCCUCUUACACCUCGUCAGCAAGUUUGUGUUUGAGUCAGGCUCGCCGUUCGAGGAUGCGAGACCGUGGAAAGAGGGCCUCGAAUUCCUUGGCGUCUCGGCGGACAUGAUCGAGCAGAUCCUGCAGGACAAUCGGAUCCGGACGGCCAGUUCCAAGCCUGCCGAAUUCUCGGCCCGGAUCCAGCAUCGAAGCGACGGUCUCGUGCGCGAGCUCAACGCCACCAUGAUGCCGCUGGUGGGAUGCAACAGCGAGAUGAACGACUUCCACACCUCCAUCUCCCGGCUCGCCUCCGAUCUCAACAUCCGGCUGUGUUCCUUCCCGGCGGAGUACAGACCCAUCACCACCCGCAUCGGCGAGAGCUUCGUCCAUGACAUCCACGCCUUGGAAACCCAGGGCGUGGGCCGACCGGAGCAGAGUCUGCUGGACGUCAUCGGGAAGCCGGUGUUGUUGACUACGAUGUUUGGGGUCCGCGAGAGGAUGCCGAUGCCGAUGGCGACGCCGCACGCAGCGGAAGCUAGGGUUUGUGUCAAGGCGAAAGUGAAGUUGUGGCCGCCGACUGCUGUUGUUGUUGUUGCUGCUGCUGCUGCGGCUGCUGACGCAUCUUCUCCAACACUUGCCGAGAGGGGGUCGUGGAACGGCCCCGUCGACGUCAACAGACAUUAA